GCGUCGUUCAAUCAUGGCGGAAUGGAAGGUCUAUUGAACUGAGGUGGAUCCUCAUUAAAGAAAAACAUGUAUCUGCCAUGUUUUGGCGGGUGCAACUGAUUUUGGAUUAAUAUGUAGCGAAUCGCUUGAUCCUGUAAUUCAGGACUGUCAUAACGACGUUGUACUUGUCUCAACACUGCAUGUUGAUGAUUCAGCAGGUGAAACCGCAUCUGACCGGCACCAUGCCUGUGGUGUGGCCCACCCUCCUUGACCUGGGCAGGGAUGAGUGUAAGAGAAUUCUCCGUAAACUUGAGCUGGAAGCGUACGCCGGCGUAAUCAGUGCUUUGCGAGCUCAAGGCGACCUCACCAAGGACAAGAAGGACCUCCUCGGAGAACUCACUAAAGUCCUCAGCAUUUCAACAGAGCGUCAUCGUGCCGAGGUCCGUAGGGCCGUCAACGAUGAGCGCCUUACCACCAUUGCCUAUCACAUGUCGGGUCCCAACAGCUCCUCAGAGUGGUCCAUCGAGGGACGUCGGCUGGUCCCCUUGAUGCCCAGACUGGUCCCCCAGACGGCGUUCACCGUGACUGCCAACUCAGUGGCCAACGCCACAGCCAAUCAGAAUGCUUCUCUCUUGUUGCCUGUGGAAACAGGAAAUAAAGAAGUGGUUGUUUGCUACUCCUACACAACCACCACGUCCACCCCCACCAGUGCCACGGCGCCCAGCGGCAGUGCAACAGCCACAGUGAAAUCGCCCCGUCCGGCCAGCCCUGCCUCCAACGUGGUGGUGCUGCCCAGCGGGAGCACUGUCUAUGUGAAAAGCGUUAGCUGCUCUGACGAGGACGAGAAGCCACGCAAGCGGAGGCGGACCAACUCCUCGAGCUCCUCCCCUGUGGUGCUGAAGGAGCUGGCCAAGGUUGCCCCUCCCUUGUCCAAGACCAUCACCGUGCCAGUAAGCGGCAGCCCCAAGAUGAGCAACAUCAUGCAGAGCAUCGCCAACUCGCUGCCACCGCACAUGUCCCCCGUCAAGAUCACCUUCACCAAGCCCACCACCCAGACUACCAACACCACCACGCAGAAGGUAAUCAUUGUGACGACCUCUCCAAGCUCCAACUUCGUUCCCAACAUCCUGUCCAAGUCUCAUUCGCACAACUACGCGGCGGCCAUGUCAAAGCUGGUUUCCACCUCCAUGCUGACCUCGGCCAGCCAGAAACAGACGGUGUUCAUCCCGGCCAGCUCAAGUCCCUCCUUGGCUCCCAACACGAUCGCUGUGACCACCGUGGUCUCCUCCAGCCCGUCUGUGCUCAUGUCGACCAUAGCGCAGAGUGGCUCAUCGGCAGGCGUGAAGGUGGCCUCUGCCAGGCUCCCCUCUCCUAAGACCAUGGUGAGCUCUCCCACCCAGAUUCUGUCCCAGUUCCCCAAGCAGCACCCGCAGUCCCCCAAGCAGCUGCAGCAGGGCUCCCCCAUGGGGUCUGGCGCCAUGGGCCAGGUCUCCAACACUCCCCCCAGCUCCAAGCCCAUCAUCCAGAUCAAGCAGGAGUCAGGUGUAAAAAUCAUCACCCAGCAAAUGCAGCCCAGUAAGAUCCUGCCUAAGCCCUCCUCUGCAGGCAUGCCCAGCAGCAGCUCCUCCCCCAUCAUGGUCGUCAGUAGCAACGGGGCCAUCAUGACCACCAAGCUGGUGUCCCAGCCCACAGGCACCCAGGCCUCUUACUCGAGGCCCGCCAUGAGCUCCACAAUUGGAGCCAGGAUGGCAACGUCGGCCAGUGGUGCCACCUAUGUCAAGACCACCAGUGGCAGUAUCAUCACGGUGGUCCCGAAGACUCUAGCCACACUGGGCGGCAAGAUCAUCAGCAGCAGCAUUGUGUCUGGUACAACAACUAAGAUCACCACCAUUCCCAUGACGUCCAAGCCCAAUGUUAUCGUGGUGCAGAAGACUACUGGCAAAGGAACGACCAUCCAGGGUCUGCCUGGCAAGAAUGUGGUCACCACAUUAUUGAACGCAGGGGGUGAGAAGCCCCUGCAGGGUAUUCCAGGGUCCAAGCCAGCCAUCAUCACAGCUUCCAGACCCAUCACCAAGAUGAUUGUGACACAGCCCAAAGGCAUGGGUUCCGGGGUGCAGCCCACCACCACCACCUCCAAGAUCAUCCCCACCAAGAUAGUGUACGGCCAGCAGGGCAAGACCCAGGUGCUGAUCAAGCCCAAGCCCAUCUUCCAAACAGCGGUUGUGAGCGAGCAGACCAGGCAGCUGGUGAGCGAGAGGGCUGGACACCAGCGACUUUCCUCGAGCCCCAGAGCAGGGUUGCGAGCAGUUCAGGGGUCCGAUGUGGGUCCUGCUUACGCACAGGAGAGGGCACUCAAGGAGGAGUCGGGUGCCAUCGCUGAGGGCAGGUCCCCGCCUGCCGAGGACUCAAACGGAAGCGGUCACGACUCCCAGUCUGUAGUGCAUAUCUCCAGUGGGCAGGAUUGGGCUGAGCAGCACGAGGUGUCGGUGGAGUCCAGCCCAACUAUCAUCUACCAGGACGUGUCUACGGGUGACAUGUCCCAGUCGGCCACCUCGACCAUCAAGGCCCUGCUGGAACUGCAGCAGACCACAGUGAAGGAGAAAGGUGAGGCCAAGCCCAGGCAGCAAACCAUAGACCUGAGCCAGAUGGCUGUUCCCCUUCAGAUGGCCCAGGAGAAGAAGCAGCAGGCCCUAGGCUCCCCCGAGAUGUCCACUGUAGAGACUGAACCACCCAUUAAAUAUAUCACUGCCGGUAAAGCCAGCAGGGCCGGACCAUCCUCUGGAGGCUUGGGGGACGUGGUCAUGACCGCUAGUCAGCAGCAGGGGGCGCCCUCGCAAAACACCAGUCACUCCCCCGUGGUGGUUAAUUCCAUCCCUACCUCCUCUACAGUCACCGUCACACGCAUUGUCCAACUGGCUUCAGCGGGCCAGCUGAUCCACAGUAAGCAGGCGGAGGAAACUGGGAUGGAGGAGGGCGAACUGGAGGGAGACACCCUGGACCCCCAGACGGGCCUGUUCUACCGCUCCAUCCAACCCGCUGUAGCCCAGCCCCCCGCCCCCCAGCCCCACACACACCCCCACCACCAAAGCCAGUCACACCUGGCGCCCCAGUUGGAGCAGGGCAGACACAUACGCCACUCCACCCAAACCCCACCCCCACAGCUACACAGCAAGCCCCAGAAUAGCCUGCCUUCCACCGCCACCGUGGCGAAGAAGCCACCCCAGCUCCAAGAGCAGUACCAGCCCAAGCCUCAGGCUCCAGGGCAGGGCCUGAAGGAGAGGCCCUCGUCUGCCUCAGGAUCCCCCCAGCUGGCAAGCUGGGCACCCCCACCAAGCCUCCCUCACUUACCCCCCCAGCUCCCCAAGUUGCAGCAGGCACCCACCUCCCACCACAGGCCCAUCCACACACAGCUGUCCCAGCCACCACCAUUACAGGCCCACCACCCGGUGGGUGCAGACAAGACUCCUGCCACAAGCCAGGUGCCAAUCAUCACCCAGGGCGCCAGCGUCACCAAGAUCACCUUCGGCAGUAGCAGCAGCCACCAGUCCCCGCCCGUAUCCAGCAGCGGUGAGGCCACUGCCAAGCUCGUCCCUGCCGAGCCCACCAGCUCAAGCUCGUCCGGUGGCGAGAAGCCCUCUGUCUCGGACAUCCUUAAGAUCUCCAUGAUGGAGGCGGAGAUCGACCCCAGCGCCGAGCCCAUGGUGGUGGACUCGUCCAGUGACUGCAGCCCCUACAUAAAGGCCCUGGGCAUGGGGGCAGGGGGAGGCUCAGGGGUGCUUGGGGGCUCAGGCCCGAUCAUAAGCAGCUCAGGUGCCUCACUGCAUCACUCGUCCCACUCCAAGCCCCUGCAUGAACAGUUUAGCCGCAUCCAGGGCCUAGCAGCCAAGAGCAAAGAAAACAUGGACGUCAUUGAGGUGAUCCCUCAGUACUCCAUCAUGCCAGACUCCAGUCAGUCAAACGUGGUGGUGGAGCCCAGUGGCUUCCUGGAGAUCACAGACUACACCAGCCAGCGGCUGGACGAGGAGAGCGCCAUGGAGCAGGAGGUGGACAGCAGCAACGACGAGGCCACCGCUAUCAGCCCCAUGGAGGAGGGCUGCCCCGACCAGUCCCAGUGACACCAACACUUGUGACGGGAAUGACGUUGUGGCUUUUGUGUGAAGAUGAUCUUCGUGUGACAGGGAAGAUUUGGAAAUGGUCAUGACUCUGUCAUCGUGGUUACCUCCUCAUGCAGCUGGAACUCUAAGGACUUAACAGCAAGCGGACACAAAUGUGUGAUAACUGCAUUCUGUUUUUUUUAUUUAAUUGAGCAGCAACUUCAUAAAUAUGCCUGGAUGAUUUCAGAUAAGGCUUUGUGAAGAACUUAAAGACCUGGAAAGGGGUAAAAAAUGAAAGAGUCAAAGGGAGACCUAAGUUAACCCUAGCUAAGCUGAACGGCUGCCUUGUGUACAGGUGAAGUUGGCCAGGAACUGCAUCCAGGAAACACCGGACAAUGUUUUUUGAAAAUUUCAAAGUGUACAUUUUGUAUUCACUGAAUUGGCAUUUUAGUAAAGCAAUGCUGUGCUCAGGAGCUUAAAAAGUUGAUGUGGCUCUUCUAGUCAUUUUAUUUUAUAUUUAACACUUUUAUAGCAAGGCAAUAUUGAAAACUGGAAAUAGGACCUAGCCUGAAACAUCACCACAUUUUAAGAACUUCAUCUACUUAACUCAACAAAAUAAGUAGAGGAGAUUGGACUGACCUUGCUGUAAUUAUGCUGAUUCAUCGUGCUUGCAUAGCGGUAUUUGUUGAACACCACCAUUUUUGAUUUGCAAAGCCUUUUUUUGUUUUCUAAGGUACAUUUUAAUACAUGACAUAAUUGUACACAUACAGUUUGUUUAUAGUGGGCACGUGCAUGCUAAAUAACACAAAUGUAAAUGAUAAAGUGCUUGUAGUUAGCCUUGAGGAAUUAGCACUUUGUAGUUGAUACUGUUGGUAAGGACAUUGUUGGAAGAAGAAAAAAAAUAUUCGCCCAUGUUCCUUCAAUGGUGUUUCUGUUUUGUGUUCUCUCUUGGUGUAACGUUUAGAAUUUUAACUGCAUAAACUUUUAUACAAAAACG